AUGCCCACCCUCUCAUCCGCCCCCUCCAUGGCAGCCGUAAAAUACGGUUUCACGACAGUUGGCCGCCUUAUGUCCAAGCUAAGCAACGGACACGUAGCGGCCUGGCGACGGGCCGAGUCUCGGGCUCUCGCUGCAGGAGGGAGGGGGAAUAACAAUGGUGGAGGCGAGGCAGGCGCUGGCUCCGCCUCGUGGCUUGUACUCUGUUCCUAUUGGUUCUCCCUCCGCCGGCUCCAGCUGUGCUCCGGGGGACUGUCACGUGACACAGAGGUGGCGGGGGACCCGUGCCGCUGCACCGGGGAUGGGGCGGCUGCUGUGGCUGCUGUGCUUGGCCGUGGGCAGCAGCCGCUGGUGGCUGCGGGGCGCCCAGGGGAAGACGCUGCGGGGCCGCUUCUCCAGCGCGGGGGGCGGGGCGCAGCCGGCGGCGCGGUUCCAGUUCCACGAAUCAACAAUGUAGCAGCAGCUGUUGAAAAAGAGGCCAGACUUCACCUUUUUCAAGCACAGGAAUGGCUAAAGCUGCAGGACAGCACCCAAGAUCACAGCUGUGGAGAGAAACUGUCCAAAGCUCAGCUGACAGUGCCUAUGAAUCUCACAGAGCAAAAUCUGACAGUGACCCAGAUUCCAUAUCCAGAAGCGUGGUAUGUGUUUUAUGUAGACAAGUUUACCUGCGAGGAGAAUUAUGAAAAUUCUGAAUCCGAGGAUAUUCAAUUUGAAAUGGUGUUACUAAACCCAGAUGCAGAAGGGAAUCCAUUAGAUCACUUUAGCGCAGGGGAAUCGGGAUUACAUGAAUUCUUUUUCCUACUUGUCCUAGCAUACUUUGUAGCUGCUUGUAUAUAUGCUCAAUCACUAUGGCAAACUCUUAAGAAAGGUGGACCUAUGCAUACUGUCUUAAAGGUGCUAUCCACAGUAUUAUUGUUUCAGGCUGGCUCAGCAUUUGCCAACUACCUGCAUUUCUCAAGUUACGCUAAAGAUGGAAUAGGGGCACCUUUUAUGGGAAGUCUGGCAGAAUUGUGUGACAUAGUCUGUCAGAUACAAAUGCUGUACCUAUUGCUGAGUUUGUGUAUGGGUUGGAUGAUAGGCAGAAUGAAGAAAUCUCAAAGCAGACCCCUUCAGUGGGAUUCCACUCCAGCGUCCACUGGCAUUGCUGUAGUAGUUGUUGUAACCCAGAGUAUUUUACUAAUUUGGGAGCAGUUUGAAGAUACUAAUCACCACAGCUACCAUUCACACCACAGUUUAGCAAGUGGACUUCUUAUUGGGCUAAGAGUUUGCCUAUCUCUGUCAUUGGCCUGUGGUCUCUACCAGAUCAUCAGAGUGGAGAGAAGUACACUCAAAAGGGAAUUCUAUAUUACCUUUGCCAAAGUAGGGAUCACAUCUGGAAAACUAAUCCCUUUCUUUGUAAAUAUUCUUCUGGGCUGCAUCCUGUGGUUUUUGUGCCACCCGGGUCUUGCAACCAUUUCUGUGCUAUUUAGAGACUAUCAAAGAGAGAAGGUUAUUACCAUAGGUGUUAUCCUCUGCCAGUCCGUCUCCAUCAUUAUCCUCUACAGACUUUUUCUGUCUCAUAGUCUAUAUUGGGAAGUAUCUUCUCUGUCAUCAGUGACAUUGCCACUGACCGUGGCAUCUGGACAUAAAAGUCGACAUUACUUCUGAGAUAUAUUUAGGAAAGAAUACAGUGCAAUAAUGACCCAAAUACAGCUAUUUUCAUCACGUCUGUGUGCUACAGCAGUUUCCCUGGAAAAACUGAAUCAUAAAAUCAGAGCACAUCACUGAUCCUGGAUCUGAACAAGUCCCCAAAUUAGGUACAUUGGUUGAUUUUAAAAAUAAAACGGGUGGUAUGAAAAUAUAUUUAAAAUCUGAAUGUUUGAAUAGAGAUUGUUUUUGUGGUGCAUGCAGUGCUGUGUUGUAUGACAGCAAAGGAGGACAAAUCUAACCUUUCCCAUUCAUAGCCACAGUGUUUUCACUCUAAGAACUCCAUGACUUUGUAUCAAUAUUAAGUUUGAAGGCCUAGAAGAAUCCAGUCCUUUAAAUGGCUGUGAGCUCAAACAAGUCUGGAAUAAGCCAGUUAUGAAAUCAGAGUAAUACACGGAAUAAACGUUUGCUUUUCUUUUUAUUCUGUAAAGAAAAUGCUUAAAAGAAAAUUUUGUGCUUAAAUUUAAAGGACUUGAAAAACAAAAUUGCUCCAGAAACAAUUGUAAAAUGUUUACAGCUAGCUGUGCAGUAAGCUUUCUUUCAUUAUUUGUGCAAAAGGAAAAGCACUUUUUUUUCCCCACCAGUGUUGGUAUUAGUUCAAAUUUUAACUUGAGCAGCAGUGAGGUUUUAUCCAUAACACUUUUGAGAGAAAUGUUACUAAAAACAUAACAUAGGUGUGAUUGGCAAAAUGCUAUUUGAGGCUUUAAAGAGGUGGCAACACUAGUAAUAAAAACAGCAGGCUUGCUUUUUUGAGGAAAGAAUGUGUAAUGUGGUACUAGAAUUUUAAUCCUGAUAUAAUUCAUUUCUCUUACAUUGAGGAUUCAAUCAUAAUUAAGCCAUAUACACAGAUUAAAUUAACAGAAGCAUUUCAAAUAAAUGUUGGUUUCAGUCAUCAACUACUCAUGUAUUCCUGCCCAAGGAUACUUAAUCAGGAUUAAAUUUUCUAUGAAUAAUUGAAAAACAAAAUACUCACUGGAUUUGUUAUAAUCCAUGUUGGCACUGGGUUCUAAGUAGUUGCCAUCUUCCAUCCAUUGUAAUAAAGCCAUACAUCUUUGUGAUGCCCUAGCAUUCAGAAUGCCAGUGUAAAUAUGUACUUUAUUGAAGUGCCUAUUUAUUGAGUGUGAUUUAAAUCAUUUUGACAAAUUUUUUUUCUAUAUCAUGUGGACAUUCCUAUUAAGUCAUUGUUUGAAAUCUUCUUGUUUGUACUUGAUUUGGUAUUUGUCAAAUUGUCUAGACCUAUUAUUGUCACAUUUAGUUUCUUCACAGCAUUUAUUUUAUUUACUAGUAAGUGUAUUGAAUUUUUUAAAAGAAAUGAACAUUCAUAUUUGUAAUAGAUUAUUGUUUAAAUAUAUAGAUUUUGUUCA